ACUCGGGUUGGCUCGACUCGGAGCUCCGCGGCUCUCCGAUUUGUUCAAAGGAAACGCGUCCCAGCGGAUGAUAUCGUGAUUAACUGGGACUGCCGACAUUUGGAAAGGUCACCGGUGAGCGCAGAGACGGGAGACGCGUUUUAAAGCGCUGCAGAAGAAAAGGCAGAAGAAGGCGAAGCGGUAGGUACAUGUGCAGUGAGCUUCGGCUACGAAAGCAGUCCAGGGCACGAGCCAAAGGAGUACACACCCACCAGCAGACAGCAUUCUUCAACAGAUCCGGGACUGCGAUCAUCCGAGGCACUGAAACCAGCAGAUAAACUUCCAGAAAGAUCCUGUGCUCGCACUUGUAGACCCUUCAGCAGGCUGCAGUCAGAAGGCUCUCACACAGCUAAGCCAGUGACUCACCCCGUCUGCAUCUCUUGCUGAGCCAUUAUUACCAUGGAAACCCCGAGCCAAAAACGCACCAGCCGCAGCGCCGUCUCUCCGGCCCGCAUCACCAGGCUGCAGGAGAAGGAAGAGCUGUGCAACCUCAACGACCGACUGGCCGUGUACAUCGACAAGGUGCGCUCCUUGGAGUCGGAGAACGCCGGGCUGCGGUUGCGCAUCAGUGAGUCCGAGUCCUCGGUCACUCGCGAUCUGUCGGGCAUCAAGACGGCCUAUGAGACGGAGCUGGCGGAUGCCCGCAAGACUCUCGACCAGGUGGCCAAGGAGCGAGCACGCCUGCAGCUGGAGCUCAGCAAGAUCAAGGAGGAGCACAAAGAGCUCAAAGCCAGGAACGCCAAGAAGGAGUCUGACCUGGAGGCAGCUCUGGUCAGGUUGAGGGACCUAGAAGCCCUGCUCAACUCCAAAGAUGCUGCCCUCAGCACUGCCUUGGGGGAGAAGCGAACCCUGGAGGCAGAGGUGAAGGACCUCAAGGCCCAGCUGGCGAAGUUGGAAGUAAACCUGGCUGAUGCCAAGAGGCAGCUGCAGGAUGAGAUGCUGAGGAGAGUGGACGCUGAGAACCGCCUGCAGACCCUGAAGGAGGAGCUGGAGUUCCAGAAGAACAUCUACAACGAGGAGCUGCGUGAGUCCAAGCGUCGGUUUGAGUCCCGCAUGGUGGAGAUUGACAGCGGGCGGCAGCAGGAGUUCGACAGCAAGCUCGCCGAGGCUCUGAUUGACCUUAGAGCCCAGCACGAGGAGCAGGUCCGCCUCUACAAGGAGGAAAUCGAGAAGACCUACAACUCCAAGUUGGAAAAUGCCCGUCAGUCAGCUGACAGGAACAGCAACUUGGUGGGAGCUGCCCAUGAAGAGCUGCAGCAGACCCGGAUCCGAAUGGAGAGCCUGUCAGGCCAGCUGAGCCAGCUGCAGAAACAGCUGUCGGCAAGCGAGGCCAAGGCGCGGGAACUUGAGGAGGCUCUGUCACGUGAGCGCGACCUGAUGAGGCGACGGCUGGAGGACAAAGAUCGGGAUAUCACUGAGAUCCGAGCCCGGAUGCAGCAGCAGCUGGACGAGUACCAGGAGCUGCUGGACAUCAAACUGGCCCUGGACAUGGAGAUCAAUGCUUACAGGAAGCUGCUAGAGGGAGAGGAGGAGAGGCUGCGUCUGUCACCCAGUCCUCCACCCACAAAAGUCACGGUGUCACGGACCUCUGGCUCAGGCCACUCCCAGACCACCCGGGUGCACCACUCCUCCUCCGCCGCUGCCUCCAGCAGCCGCAACUCCUCUGGGACGAGCAUGUCAAAGAAGCGCCGCCUCAAUGACAAUGACAGCGAGACCUCCAGCGUGACAGGAAACACUGUGACCAAGACUCGCAUCAGUCAGCAAGCCUCGGCCAGUGGACGCAUCACGGUGGACGAGGUUGAUAUGGAGGGAAAAUACAUCCGCCUCAGCAACAAGGCUGAUGAGGACCAAUCACUGGCCAAUUGGCAGGUGAAGAGACAGGUUGGGAAUUCAACCCCCAUCGUCUACAAAUUUCCCCACAAGUUCACUCUAAAGGCCGGCGGGACUGUGACUAUCUGGGCUGCAUCUGGUGGUGGAACCCACAACCCACCCACUGACCUGGUCUGGAAGAGCCAGAACUCUUGGGGUACUGGUGACCUGCUGCAGACCUCCCUCAUCAGUGCUAAUGGAGAGGAAAUGGCCAUGAGGAAAGUGACCCGCACCCUGUUCCAUGACGAUGAUGAAGAUGAUGACAUGGGAGCUCACAGCACAAGCGGCGCAGACAACGAGUACAACCUGCGCAGCCGCAAGGUGAUCUGCGACUCCUGCGGGCAGCCGAAGGAGCGCAGCGGUGGUUGCAGCAGUCUAGGUGAAGGCCUCCCAGGACAUUCCUACUUCAUGGGCACCAAUGAGCCCAGACAGGGCCGUAUGAAGCCGGAGAACUGCUCCAUCAUGUAAAAACCAGACAGCACCUCACCUGAACCCAGCACCUCGUGCAGCCCACAGGGGAGAGUGAUUUUUCUAUCGUCGGGAUGUUUGUCUUUAUUUUUUUAUACGAUUGUCUCUUAUUUUGUAUUCAGAUUAUUCUGCGGGUUAGAUUUGCUUCCAGGUUUCGGCAGAGGGCGUAGGAUUUUCACAUAUAGCUUUCAAGUUUGUAUAUUCAGCUUAUUUUACUGCAUGUUUGCUGUUUGCUCGUGCUGCUCUCCGCUCUGCUUGCACACACGCGCGCGCACACACACACACACACACACACACACAGCUCCAGUGACCAGGGGUUGUGCUUCGAUCCGAGACAGGGUUUCACAUUUAAUGGCCAGGCUGUCAACACUCAACACGCACAGCUAGUGGACCCUAUCAGGAAAACAGCCGUACAGGCGAGAGGAGGAUGGAUCCUCUGGAGUCGGUUAAUCAUGUUUGUUUCCCAUCAAACAGAUCAAUUCGUUAUUUAAAGCCAAUGUUUACAACUAAAACAUUUUUUGGAGCAGUAUUGUGCUAUAUUUAUGGAUAAAAUAUUGUAGGAAAAGUCUCCAGAGAAAGCCAAAGCGAUGUAAGCUCAGGUUUUUUUUUGUUUGUUUUUUUCACCUUAGCCUUAAACAAACGGGGUGUUGAUAUGUUUUCUAUGUGAUGCUGUCGAGCAGCUGUGGUGCACACAGAGAAAAUAAGUAUUUGAGAUGAAUAUAUGUACACGGCUCGCUCCCCAACGAAUGUAUUCAUUAUGUUUUUUGGAAUGUUUAAAGAAAUAAGGGAAUUAUUGGGUAAUGUGUCUGGUUAAGUGCUUCUUGGCUUUGAGUGUGUUUAAUCAUGAUGGGAGAGAUUUAUUUUCUACCUGGGGGGAAUGUCAGCAGAAGGUACUGUUUUUUGAUAAAUUGGGUGUCAUAUAUAGAGAGUAUAUAUUAAUAGGCUCUGUUUCUAUUUGCAGUAGAUUUUGGACAUGACUGUUUAACAGAUUAGAAAUACAGACGUGCCUUCAGAGGCAACAUCUGCAGUUUGUUUUGUUUUUCCUGCUCACAUGCUUCAUACGGCAGUCUUGUGACUGUCAGCUGUCCUCCGAUCCGUGUUGCUCCUAAAAAACUGGUCAUAAGGGCUUUGAAUUUUCUUUCUUUCCUCUAAGCUUUACUGCAAAUCCCUUGAUGUGAUUUUGGGAUCUCGGUCAGACUGAGGGGUUAGUGUGACUUUGUAGCUUUGGCUUCACGCACUGCUUUUUGCCAGUUAUGCACAGCAGGUAGAUUUGUAGUCUAGUCUGGCAGCUUAACUCAUUUAUACUCCAGUGGAAAGCAUAUCAAAGCAUUUAUGGAAGAUACUUGAUAGCUGUCCUGACAUUGUUUUGUGUAUGUGGAGGUUUUUUUCUACUAUACUUAAAAAAAAAAAGAAAAAAGAAAAAGAGAAAAAAAAAAGCAAUUUCUGCAAAGUUUUAUUUUUUGGCCUCAAAAGGACAGUUCACCUCUAAAAUGAAACUUGUAUCCUCUGCCCUUUAAUGCUGUUUUCAUCCAUGUAGAUGGUUUUGGUGUUUCCAGGUUUGGAGACGGCUGCAGAGAUGUCCGCCUUCUCUUUAAUAUAAUGGAACUCAUGUUGUGGUGCUCAGUGCUGGAAAAUGCAUUUGAACAAACCAGAAAUCAUGACCUUGUUACUCAAAAAAAUCGACAGACCUUUUAUGAACAGUUUCUUGUAGGAACUACUUUCUAACUUCAUCCACCAACUGAAAGUAGCGUGCAGCUAGCUGACACGAGCUGCUCAUCAGUGGAAGAUGCAGAGUAAUGAAACCAUCAGAUGUAGUGUCGUACAAAGAAAGAACUUCCUGUAUCAACCUGCUCAGUAGUAUGACCCAGUCAUGACUUUUGGAAACAUUGAUGCUGAAUUUUCAAAUGUUUUUUUGGCACUUUUAAUUCCAACAUAUUCAAGAGAAGUCGAAUAUCUCUUCAAAUCUGGGCUAGAUUCACAGAAAAGCGACAAACAAAUAAGUAAACCUGACUAUGGUUUGAACUGUGCUUUUUAGGUAGUUUGAUGCUCAGAGUGUCUCAUGAAGUCACUGACAAUCAGAAAUGACGUCUACAGCAUAGAUGUGUAUUAACAUUGUAGUUGUCAAAUGUCUACAUGUAAAGUGAUGAAAAAUGAUUACUGUAGUUGUGCAGUAUAUUCACAACAUAAUGCUUCAGAUCAGGUCAUUGAAACGUCAGGGGUGUAAUUAAGAACCAGAAUAAUAAGGACUCACUACAACCACAGAUGCACACACACACUGAGGUCUUUGUAAACUCCAGCCUUCCUGCUCGAGUCUUGGUGGAGAUCUCAUGAAUCCUUUGAAGGGCUUGAGAUUUAAAGAUAUCACCCAAAGCCAUUAAUGCUAAAGGUUCUUGAAGUGGGAGUUGUUUGAGAUCAUGAAAUCAUUAAAGCCACACUUUGAUGCAAUGCAAUUUUUUUUCUAAAGCGAUGCUGAGUAAAAAGUAUUUUUUCCAGUGA